GUUCUUUUUGGGUGUUCGUUCAUGAUCGACCAACACAAUUGCCGAUUCAAAAUGAAAGACAUCAACACAAAAUCGCUGAAGCAAGAGCUAAACAGAAUCCAGGGGGCUCACAAGCAUAUUAUAAAAUUCGUGAACGAUACCAAUGAGAACAUCGAACAGGUCAAGUCCUGGCCAGAGUCAUCCACAGCCUUCAACGAGCGCACAUUGAAGCUGAUCAAAGACCACCAGGAAGCCCAGCUGGAAGAGCAAGCGCUCCAAAUGCGCAUACAGUUUUUGGGUAAAGAGAAACAUGUGGGGGACGCCUUCGCCUGCAUAGUGCAGAACCUCGAUAAUCUUGGCUGCACAUUAAUGCCCAUACUCGACGCCAACUCGAAGACUUUCUACAAAUUCGAUUUUGACGGCAAGCAAUCUGUGACAGUUCAGUGCAACGGCGGUCAUAUCAACCUCAUCGACAUGAGCCCGCGUCGAGAGAACUAUGCCGAGAUAAAGAUGUUCCUGGACCAAAGCCAGGACCUGAUGGGCCUGAUCACCAGCUUGGGGACAGACGUCCAAUAGAGGGGAUUAUGGGCGUGCGGUUAAUUUCGAAUUGUUUAUAAAUACAUAUGUAAAAUAUAGGUAUCACACGCU